AUUGAUCAUCAUAAUUAAUUUCUAUAGCUCCAAUAUAUAUCGGUAUCAUAAAAAUAAAAAAAAUAAAAGAAAAGAAAAGAGAAAUUUCUUGUGAAGAAAAUGUUUCCUGGCAAUUGCCUCUUUGCCUGCCUUGUAAAGCUGUGUUUGCUCAUCCAGAUCGUCGUAGCGGCCCCUACUUACCGUGAACACGCCUGCACAGACUCCAAGACCGGUACUAAUUUAACUGCAAAUACCACCUACUACUCCAAUCUCAAUCUUCUCCUUUCCUACCUCACCUCCAACGCCACUAUUAAUGGAGGUUUCCACCAAACCACCGUAGCCGCGAACACUGCGGACGCCGCUACUGGCCUCUUCCUCUGCCGCAGCGACAUCGCUGUCACCAGGCUUUCCACCUGCCAAGAAUGCGCAGGCAAUGCAUCCAGAGAGGCGCUACGGCGUUGCCCCACGCAAAAGCAGGCGGUAAUAUGGUACGACGAGUGCUGGAUUCGGUAUGAAGACGGCUCCUCCUUUUACACAACCCCGGGGGUCGUGCCGGCUACGUCCCUGCCCAGCAACCAGAGCGUGGCGGAUACUGAAGCUGACCGGUUCAAUGACUUUUUAUCUAACGCGAUGAACACGGUGGCGGAUAAGGCGGCAAAUUCACGGCAAUUACAGGGGAAGAAGUUUGGGACAGACGAGGAGGAGUUCACAAGCUUGCAAACGUUGUACAGCCUUGCUCAGUGCACACCAGAAUUGUCGGCAGCGGAGUGCAACAUGUGUUUGCGGAGCGCCAUCGGUUUCUACCCGAGUUGCUGCGGUGACAAAGAAGGUGGGACUGUUUUCCUGCCGAGUUGUGUAACCAGAUAUGAGUUUUAUUCCUUCUACAACGUCACUGGUACAAAGGCUGUUUCUCCACCUCCAGGAAAAGGGAAAAGCUCUUCAACCACAAUUAUUGCUAUUGUUGCCCCAAUUGGAGUGGUUAUGGUGUUCUUCAUCAUUGCUUUCUUUGUUCUCCGUAGGAAACAAAAGAAGAGAUACCUCUCUGUUCGGCUUGACAGUGUUCGCUAUGAAAUGGAAAGGGGAGAUAAUCUUCAAUUUACUAUGGAUGAAAUUGAAACCGCCACGGACAACUUUUCAGAUGAUAACAAGAUAGGGGAAGGCGGAUUUGGUGAAGUUUACGAGGGUACUCUUCCUAAUGGACAAAAGAUAGCCGUGAAAAGACUAUUAGGAAGAUCUGGGCUAGGUGCAGAGCAAUUUAAAAAUGAAGCACUUUUGGUAGCCAAGCUUCAACAUAGAAAUCUAGUAAGGCUAUUCGGGUUCUGCUUGGAAAGAGAAGAGAAGAUUCUAAUCUACGAAUAUGUGCCCAACAGAAGCCUUGAUUACUUUCUAUUCGAUCAUGAAAAGCGAAGCCUUCUAGAUUGGACAAGACGGUACAAGAUUAUAGGCAACAUUGCUCGAGGGAUCCUUUAUCUCCAUGAAGAUUCUCGACUUAGGAUCAUACAUCGUGAUCUGAAAGCUAGCAACAUUUUGUUAGACAAUGAUAUGAACCCUAAAAUCUCAGAUUUUGGCAUGGCAAAGGUUUUUGUUGUGGACCAAACUCAUGGAAGCACCAAUCGUAUCAUCGGAACAUAUGGCUACAUGUCUCCCGAAUAUGCAAUGCAUGGACAGUUCUCUGUGAAGUCUGAUGUGUUUAGUUUUGGAGUGUUGGUUCUUGAGAUUCUCAGUGGCAAGAAGAAUAAUUUCUUACAUAAUCAAUCACAUGGUGCUGGAGACCUCUUGUCCUUUGCUUGGGGACAUUGGAAGGAAGGUACUCCCUUAGAGUUGUUGGAUCCAACAUUAAGACAUUCCUUCCCUAGAAAUGAAGUCAUGAGAUGCAUUCAUAUGGGAUUGCUAUGUGUUCAAGAAAAUCCUGCUUUAAGACCAACAAUGGCAACAAUUGUUCUCAUGCUCAACAGUUACUCUGUCACUCUUCCUGCACCUCAACAGCCAGCAUUUUUCCAUCGUAAUAGAAUGCAGUCAAGCGCGGCAGCAAAGGAUCACGAAUCUGAUCGAUUUACAAGCAAGUCAAUAUCAUUGUCCGUUAAUGAUGGAUCGAUGAUUACUGAAGUAUACCCCCGGUAGUAUAAUUGUGAAAACUCUUGUAUAAAUAUAUUAUCUGUAUAUUAGUUUUGCACGUAAUGAGACUUCUAAUACGGCAUAAAUAGACACUUAUAAUGAAAUUGGUAAAAACUUAAAGCUCUUAUUGUGUUUUCGUUUUUGCUUCAACAUGGUUCAUAAGAAUUUAGUCUUUGUUCUACAAGGACGAAUCUAGCUAGGGCCUUGAUCAUUGCACUACUAUAGGCGUUGGCUGGGUGGGGGCAUGAGAACAC